CAUCCCCCGGUGCGGAAUCGCUCCUCCAACUCGAGAAAUCACGUCCGUCGGUAGCGUUACCACGAGCGAUCCCACGACGAACUUCCAUCAGGAUGGCUGCCGUGGCGGAGGGCAAGGAGACGGUGGUCCAAAGGGGUUUGUCAGAGUGGUGGAGCGAGGAGACGGAGUACAUGAUCCAGAGGAUCGAACGGUGGACGGUCUUCGUCCGCGGUUACAAUCGUCUACGGUCGCAGAGAUGGUCCAAAGAUCAGUCGAAGGACCGGCCGCAAGAGCAUCAUCGAGACUCAUCGUGGAACGUGUCCAGCCGGAAGCCGAGCGUCGACGAGACGACCUGUACGUCACGGUUCUGCGAUACCGAGUGGUCCCGGCGGAAAGCGCGGCCGGAGGAGACCAGGAUCAACUGCUGCGGCACUUUCAACUAUCAGUCGAGCAGCGAGUUGGACAGCAACUGUCUGGAGACUUACCGGUACGACCAUAGCAUUUAUUUUAAGACCAUCGGCGACAUCAGGAACGACAGGAGGGAGGUCGGGGGUCGCGACGUGGACAGGGUGUCCAUCAGUAGUGAGGAGCUGGUGGAGUGGGACUCCAGUUUGCUCACUGAUCUUUUGGUCAAUAAGCCGGUCGUCGAGGACGCUUGCAACAACAAUUAUCUGAGCAACAGCACCGCCCUCGACACCGUCCUCGAGACGAAAACGGACCGGGUGACGCGGAACGCCUGGCCGAUCGUAGAUUUGACCAAACUGAUCGACCUGAGUCUGACGAACACCUCGCGACUUUCCUGCCCGAUCGAUCCGGGCGAUCGAGGAAGAGGCGGAGAACAACGAGAGAAUAAUAGCAACGUGGACAAUCCGGAAGUGGAGCCUCCGGAUCCUAAGACGUGGAGGGAGGUAAAAGAUCGCGAGGACGGUUCCAAGGAUCACGAGAGGAUGAAGAGGCCCCGGUCGUUCCGGAAGACCAGGCGGUCGUCCAGGAACGCGCGGAAGGCGCCGAUCGUCGGUGAAAACAACGUCGUAUGGCCGGGGGUCCUCCUGAAUUACAGCAACAGCUUCGACGUCGCCGCUAGCCCGCCGCACGAGCAGUAAAAAUAAAGUCCGUCGAAGAUAAACAUUCACGUGUUGGCGUUUCGGCCUGUUUUUCGAUAUAAAUUCUACGGAACGAUGUGACGAAUUUCGUUCACCAAUAAGAACAAAACUCGCCGUAUUACAUAAUAGUAUACUCGCGAUAGCUCAUAUUUCCGCUUGCAAUUUAUUCGCUUGUUAAUUCAACCUAAUUCCUCGGACUUCGAUCGAGAGCCGAGGUUAGAAACGAUUUGCGUCUCUCUGUUUAUUUAUUUAUUUAUCCGUCUAUAUUUUUCCUCUUCUCGCUUCAAAACGAAACGGAUGCAAUGCUGAGUUUUUCCCACCCCCCGUUUUUCCCUACGCCGCUUGGGCGUCGAAGAUGGACGCCGUUCGCUAUCAUAGCUAUUCGAUCUUCCGGUCCUACGAAGCCUCCGAAGAAACCGAGGAAGACCCCUGGGAGAACUUUCGGGCGU